AAGAAAAAAACACCGGCACCAAAAUCGCUCUCAUUUUCCCAGCAGCCGACGCUAAUAGAGCCUUUAAGCGACUCCAAACAUAGCCCCCCUCCCCCCUUCUGCCCCUUUAACACUUACAAUACUGGUAUGCCUAUAACCUCAUUUCUCCACGUAUUUCCCAGUCAUUCUCUUCCCUGCCUUCUUCCCUUUCCUGCAUUUGCUUGCCUCCGUCUCCCGCAGCAGCACCCGGCGACGUGAGGGCAUCGCAGGCACCUGCAUUCACCACUUGGACCGUUUCCAAGGCUUCUUUUCCUGAUUCGGCUGGCUUGAAAAGGGGCCUAGAACUCGGCCCUGGCCGUAAAUUUACUGACGGACGAGACAACCUGAACACCUGGACUGGAGCCGAAAGGAAGGACCACGGUGGACCACAGAAAUCUCACGGGGACGGGGACGGGGACGGGCCUUCAACUUCCACCUGCGCCUGCACUGCACUUCCACUUCCACCACAAUCUACCUCCACACAAACAAUUCCUCCCACUACACCACCAACCCCCCAUCGCGACGUCUGGCCACUUGCACUCUCCGUCGCACCAUAGCCCUAAUAAUCGCUCCCUCCGAUCGCAUCCUCAGAUAUCAUAUGAACGACCGCCGUCCUUGACGUCAAGUCCCUGGUGGGGUCGGCAACCUCGAUCGUCAAAUUCCACCCCGUCUUCAGCCGCCAUCGUCUCUCAGUGAGCACAGCGUCCGUCGACCUCUCUCGUUCCCCAUGGCCCACGAUGACCGCUCCUCGGAAGCACCGCUGGAGUCGAGUGCAUCAUCAAAAACCGUCGAGCCGGUAUUCGAAUUUACACAUGUGUCGGGGCGUCAGAUUGCCAGCGAAUACCUAAAAUCCCUCCUGCCUUGCAUUGGCAUAAAUCUGGACGGCAGCGUCAUGUCGGGAUUUGAACACGAGGCUGCUCAGGGGAGCCGUCCAAUAUUCGGGUCCAAUCCAGAGGUUGUGAGUCGGUUGCAGGAGUUGUGGGAGUUUAGAGAGAUCCAAGAACCUGGGGGUGGAUUAGGAAAGAACCACAUGCUUUGUGCGGGUGAAUUGUUUCCGCCGUCUCGCAGUGAAUGCAGCAGGGCAAAAGAAGCAGGUAUGCAAGUGCCAGCCAUCUAUUUCCUUGAAUCAGUGAAGUGAAUCGUGAAGUGGAACCUCGGGCUAACAAGAACUCAAGACUAUAUGCAUUACUCCUCAACUGCCGCAAACCCACACUCCUUCUACCAAACCCAACCCUCCCACCUCAACCCCAACAGACAAUACUCAUUAAGCCCGCAGUUUUCGGUACUUACCCGUCCGCCUUCCGCAGAACCACAAACAUCUUCUUUUGAGGCACCAAACUCGCACAAUAAUCUUUUGACUGUCCAGAGUUGCAAUACGUCCUCAGCUUCAUAUUUAUCACAACCCCGCAAUAACAUAAUACCGUCAGGGUCUAAUAGCCACUCCAGUGUGCCACAUCUUCCAUCUCCGACUUCAGCUUUCCUGGCAUCUUCGAGUACAGGCCAGUUUGCAAAUUCAAUCCAGCUGCCGCAACUUAAUUUACCACCAAUUGAGCGGACCUCACCUUUGCAACCAAAUUCAGUAUCACCAAGUUGCCCAAAACUUCCUUCUAUUGUACACACGUCACAACAGGCCAGCCAUCCGCCGAACCAGCUCAACAAUAUCAAGAGUUUUAUGCCCGUGAACAAACCAGUCAACCAGACGAACAACGCACACAACAAUAGCAACUUGAUCAGCAAUACCACAAUACCAAACUUUCCUGCAAACUUCUCGCAUUACUUGGCCAGCCAAGGGACCAAAGCUGACUCAGAUAUCCAAGAUCGACGAUCCUCGCUCAGCAACCAAGCUAGUUCUGCACCUCACUCAAAUCCUCUUAAUUCAGUCAUUCAGCGACCAAAACCUCAGAACAACCAGCUGCCAAAAACAUUCGAUCUCACGUCAUCAAACUUCCACAUCACAACCCUCCAGAAUCCCUCCAACAACAUGGUUGCGAAGAAGCGUAAAAGCGCCGAAGAACAACGAGUUGAAAAGCGUGCGAAAUUAGAUAAAAAGGGGCGAUCUUCCAAGAAGGAAGUCAAACCCGAAUCCGUGAGUUCACCUUUGAUCCCUACUUUACAGCCUCUUCUAACACAAAUAGGCACGAGAGCGAAUUGGUCAAGAUAUUUGGAUGCGCAUUUUUGAAUUCACCCCGCCAUCAUUCCUUAAGAAGGCACGCCUUGUCUGUAAAACUUUCCAAGGAAUUGUUGACCAAUUUGAUUCCAUUUUUGUCAACUGUAGAAAGGAGAAUUAUGGUUGGGAUAUGCCUCCACCGCCUCCUGGCAUGUCUGAAAGAGAAUAUAGCGAUCUUCUUGGUGGCAAAGGAUGUCAGACUGCUGGCUGCCAAAAUAAGAAAGCAUCAAGAGCAUAUUGGUCCUGGGCCAAGAGAUGGUGUUCAACUUGCUGGGAGAAGAACGUCAUUCGAGAAGAUCGGGUCAUCAAGCAAAAGCAAAAUGAAUUUGGUCGUAAUACGGUUGUGAAGAUGCUCGAGUCAAUUCCUGCGGCGGUUCACGACUCUUUCAUCAAGCCUCAUGAUUAUACGGUCGAGGUGGAUGUUCGGUCUCGUGGUCCUCCAAGACUCUACAAAUGUUACUUGGAGUCCGAUGUCGACAAGAUCAUUGAGGAGUACAAGGCUCUGACCCCGCUUCCACACGUUCCCAACCCAUCACAUACUCCUCAGGAAGCAGCAACCGCAGCCCAAAUACACAAAGAUCUCAUGGAUGGGUUGGAAGAAAAGCAAAAUGCUUUCUUUGCAGAGAAGAAGACUAUCAAUGAUGAGCACAUGGCGAAAGUUUGCAAGAUCGAACAGGCUGUAAGAAACAAACGAUUGAAUGACCGCAAGCCAAACGAUAAAAACAGAAAGGCUCGUUCUGAACUGUUUUCUCGACGUGCCACAGAAGAGCUCAAACACAUUCCAAUCGAAUUCGUCCAGAAGACUGUGUGUUUCAAAGCUGCCACCCGCAUCUAUCGUGAUCCUGGAUCAGAGCGUGGAUGGAGAGCGCUGAAGCCAAAGAUUGAGGCUGAAUGGAAUAAUCGGGACAUGAAUCCAGUCAACUCACCGGCCACUAAAUCACUUGCACAACUUGAUGGUGCUGAUGAUGACAUCAGCGCUGUCGAUGAGAUGGAAUUUGAUCACACUCAAAUCCCAAGCACCAACAAUCCUGGCAGCCAACAGCUCCCAAAUUUGCACUUCUCUAAUGCUCAGCACAAUUUCCGACAAUCCAACAUGUUACUCCAGCCCGCUCGUACUGGAUCAUUUGGCUAUGCCAAUGCUUACAGCAAUUCUCUCGGUUUUGGUUAUUCCACGUCAACGUCGGCCUCGCUAAGCAAUGCUCUCGGCCAUAAUAUCCAUCUCUCGUUUCCGCAUGUGGGCAACGUUCUUCCUCGGCCCCUCAACAACUUUUCAAAUCAGCAAACAUACCAUCCACAGUUUGCUUAUCCAUUGGGCAGAUUCACUCAACAACAAAAUUCCCAUGUCACUGCGAGCACUCAAAUUCCUAUUGGCUCUUUGCUGCGUCCAUCAUCACCAGCCACAAGACCAAAGCAAAACUAGUUAAUUGCACAGGAUAUGAGAAUCUCACAUUAUAAUUUCUGUUGUAUGAGGAGAGCCUUGAGGUUUUUACGACGUCGACGACACCCCCUUUAAUGGGUUUAAUGAUAUCUUGACAAAAAGCUGUGCUUCAGUCGAUUCUCGGACCAUAUACUCCUCGUCAAGCAUUUCUGCAUGCCACGGCAAAUGCUUUUCCAUAAUAGUUUUCCAUGUACAAACGUUCCGGGGGCGUGCAUCACAAAAUCCGUCUCAUAUUAAUGAUGUUGAGCAUUAGGCGGUAGUCUUCUCAGAAUGGAAGACUCAUAGCGUUUCUUUGUUUUAUAUUUGGCGUUGUUCUUUUUUCCCCAGACACUUGCAUUCACGAAUCUCCUUUGGGAUAGGUGUUAUUUGUGCAUAUCGUUGACUCGGUUUUUUCGCGCGUGUCAAUCAAUACCCGUGGGGGAGGCUGGACUUGGGCUUUGGCAGGGCUGGCGUUUGAUAUGUGUUUUUUUGACUUGCCCACUUUGCAGUAUCGUCAUCAUCUUUGGGGCGUAGCGGCAUUUUAGCGAUUUUCUUGAUUUUUCCUCCUCUUUUUUUUUUCAUGUGGCCUUCUUUUCUUUUUUUCUUUGCCUGAGUUUGGGGUCUUUUCCCCGAAGCGAGGUGUUGAGUUAUUUUCUAUUGAGAGUGAUGGGGGUUGGCACGGGAAAUAGAAUCGGAUGGGACUUUUUUGCUUUCGUGCAUGGCGGGGCAUAGGAUAGGAUGGUGGGAUGGGGAUAAUAUUUGCCCUGGUUUGGUAGAUUGGGUGGCUAGGGUAGGGUAGGUUAGGCAUAGAAAUGAAUUGAGGAAUGGUUACAUGAGGGUUUUUGGUUGAUUGAGUCGAGAUAUUUAUUGUUUGAUUAACCGAGAAUCAUAAGACAACCAACCCAAAUCUUGAAGACAGCUCAACUUACGCUAAUAGAAAGGAAAGGAAGGAUCUCUACACAGGGAGAUCAACCAAUUUACCCUCCCGAGGGGACCCCUUUCCCCACCUCAUUUUGCC